AUGGAAUUACUAAGACUCUCAAUAAUCUGGCCGAUUCUUCUUGUAUAUGCAACGAACAAUCAUGAAUGGUUAUUUUAUUCCACUGGUCGGCAUAGAACUACAUUUGAUUGUUUAACAGUUAAUAAUCUAGUACAUUGUCGAAGACGUUCAAUGAGUGAUACAUUCCCUAAAACUUGUUAUAAUUACACUGCUGGAACAUUGACAUUCUCCAUUUUAAAGUUAAAUAACAUAACAGCAAAGGUAUUGCCUGACUGGUUAUUUCCACUUGAUGUUGCUGAUCGUUAUGCACAAUACUUGCAGAAUUCAGAAAUAGAAUUGAUCAAUUUUAUUUACAACUAUUCACAAGGAUAUGUUGGUUCAACAUGCCAUCACGAACGUUUUUAUCAAGAACAAUGUGUCAGUAAUUUAUUAAAUGAACAAAUACAUAACCCGCUACAAAGGCUUCGUGAAUUUCCAGUAUGUUUUAUCGAUAUAAAAUGUAAUAGAGGUUUAAUGUGUUUAGACGGGCGAAAUAUUUGUGAUGGUAUUCCAGAAUGUGAUAAUGCUAUCGAUAACCAAACAAACGAUAAAGCUGCUAUUUUUUUGUCCAUUAAUGAAUGUGAAAUGAAUGAGUAG